AUGUGGAAACAGAAAGAAGGGAGCAGUGCAGUGGCAGGGCGUUUAGCGGAUGCUUUAGAAAGCAUUGGGAAAAAAUGCAUAGCAGAAAAGCUUCUUGGUAAGUAGGUAUACCUGGUAAGAUGAGUGAAUGGUCUACGUAUACAACUGACAAGCUGAAAGAAUAAACACACAAAGAAGUCAUAAAACAGUUGACAUUUUUAACGUAUAACGCAGUCGUGGAGCUUUCCGUGGUUUCCUUUUCUUGUCUUAACAUAAAGGCGGACUAGGAUAGUUCUCCCAAUACUCUCCCCCCCCCCCCCUUGAAGAGGAGGCUGCUCUCGUGAAUCAAAACGCUUUUACUCGUCCUUAUCUCAACACACCUAAUGAUCAAUCAGAGCGCGCCCACUAUUUAAGGGAUUUUGUCAAUUCUUAAUAGAGUAAUUGACAACUUAGUAUAAAACGCGAUCCUGGAUUGCGUUGCUUCGCACCAAAUACUCUUUCAAGUGAUCAUCAAAUUCAAAACUAGAAUCAAAGGUAACUUGUAGACCUGCACUUCAAGUAUUUUGCUUGUUUAUGCUUAGUGCUCUCAUUGGCUCCUAACCAGUGACAUUUGCUUUUGUCCUAGUUGGCAUUUAGUACAACUUUGGGUUCGGUGUUACGAAAACCGUGAAUUGUCCAGCUAUUUUAUUAUUCGGAUUGUCUGCACUUAUAAGGGUUGCUUAGUUAAGAAAUUGCUUCCCUGCAAGGAAUAAAAAUCUUUCGCUGCAAAUAUUCUAAAUGGUGACAUUUAGUUUGCUGGUAUAGUUUGUUCCAUGGGUGGCAGGGAGGUUGUCCUGGUGGGGAACAUGAAGCAUUAAACUGAUCGACGCAGAACUCUGAACUCAUAAUAAUUUCCUAUCAACACACUAGGAGUGGAUUAUGCGAAAAUGUUGAGGUGUGGAAACAUUCCUAAGGGUCACGUCAUUAGUUUAACAGUUAUUCAUGACCUGGGUGAAGAGCUUAAUAAGGUAAGUAGUUGACAACACGCUUUCUACAAUAACUACUGAAAAGUUGAUGAUUAGCAUGUCUGCCCCAGACCUCGUGAACAAAAGGAUGAAACUGGACCAGCGGUAAACCAGAAAAAUCACUUAGAUGGAUUUUGCCAUUCUCUGGGCAUAGUUUUACUACCAAAUAAUCUCAAGUAAAAUAAUGAAAUUGCUUCGAAAUUGUUUGCAAUCAACUAUUUGUAUUUUUUUUUUAGCUUAUGGUGUGCAAAGAUACACAGGGAAAUAAAUUCAUGGUUAAAGAAUUCAACAGCAGUGACAAUUUUUUGAAAUUGGAAGAGGUAACUUCUUCACUUAUCCCAUCUAUCCAAUUAGAAUGUUUCAAUGAGUAUUUGGUAAAAUGCACCCUUCGAUUCAAGGUUUAUCUUCGAAAAUUAUGUCAUAGUUUUAAUUGACCCAUUUAUCUUUCAUUUGCUUUGACAGACGCUUGUAAGCAAGGGAUUUUUAGAAACUGUUGUUUUAGCCAGACAGGAAAGUCUAAAGCGCUAUAUUUCAUCGGAGCUUCAGGACUUGAGACUCCAAAUGAAUAAAGGGCAACUGGCUUGUGGAAAUGUUGAUAAAACAGAUGGGAUUCAAGAUGCCUCUAAAGACAAAACAGAGCCCACAAGCAGCUUAAUGAAUGAGGAAGCGGAUCCGUCAAAUAAUGAAAGCGUGGGAAAAUUGCUACAGUCAUGUGAAGAACAUCGCAGCUAUUUUCAGAGAAUGUUUGAAGCUCUUAUCAAGCUGACUGCUCAGGUUGGGCAACAAAGUGAAGAUAAUGUUAAUUGUAUUAAAAAACUUUUGGACUUUACUACGGAACUCCAGCAAGAAGAAACAGCACUUUUCUCCAAAAUAGAAUUAGUAGGUACUCAGAGCCAACUCAAGGACGAGCAGCACACGGAUCGUUUUGAGGAAUUACACAAAUGGAAAACGCAUCAUGCAUUGCAAUUGAAGGAAGUCGAAAAACUGCUGUUAGGACUGCUUCAUCAAAUGACAACUGAGAGAAAGACGAAUUAUAAAGGGAGGCUGGUAAUUUCUAAUAGAGUAACAUUUUUCCACUUUAGUAUUGGUAAGAACUUGAUUUCGAGUGAAAUUUGGUGUUAAUAAACGCGGGUAAAUUUUUCAAAGACAGCAAAAUUGCACGAGCCCGUAGGGCAAGUGCAAUUUGUAGUCUAAAAAAUUUACCCGUACUUACUAACACCACAUUUCACUUGAAAUCAUGUUAGCGAGCGAGCGCGCGCUAUUUUUAAUUUGCACUCAUGUCACUACUUUGCACCCGUGUUACACGAGAAUGCACUCGUUUUCAGCCAAUCAGAAGCGCAACAUUUUUCUAUGUACACAACUAAUUCCUUAAUAUCACAUGCAAAUUGUAAUUGGAUUGUCAAAAGCUCAGUGGAGGAAUUUUAUAAAACAAUUUAUUUAGAGGGGAGAGAGAAACCCAGGUUUUUACGUCCAAUUAACAUGGUAAAUGAAACUUUGUACGACAGACCAAGCUAGGGCCUUGGUAGACCAUGAUUGUUUGAAGUCUUAUGUUAGUCUACAAGUUCUUAAUAAAAUUCUGCCUUAGGUUUUUGUUUUAUUGAACUCAAACGAGCAGGCAGAAUCUUAUCAUCAAUGAUCCUUAAAUCUUCUCCCCUUUUUGACUUUUCUGUUUGUGAUGUUCUCUCGUAUUUACAUUUGUUCCUCCUUUUUUCCAAAGCCCUCUCACCAGAAAACUGAACUAGAAGGCCGAUCAAAACCUCUGCCAGGAUACGGAAGGAAGGUAAGGGAAUUUGAUUUAAAUCUGAGAUUAUUAAAACACAGAUCACUUUACUGAAUCAAACUGCAGAUAUAAGUAAUUGACUAAGCCAAUAUUCUUGGUCAAUAUGAGCAGUUAUAAUGCGCUAUAUAUAUCCAUGUAUGCAAUCGAUUAAAGUUGUCAUUUUGUCUAUGUCGACAGUAGCUAAAUUUCUAUGUUCAGAUUUAAAUUUAUUUUUGUUUUGCAGAGUCCCAGACAUUAUUCAGAAGGCGACCUAUCAAAAGAGACUAAAACGAAGGUAUGAUGCAGUCUUUAUUCAAAUACCACCAUUAAACUAAAAACGUUAGAAAAAAAACGUUUGGGCUGUCUCCUCAAGAAGAGAAGCUUGAACAGAACUUUUCUAUGACCCAAAACGCAAACUUGGCCAGUAUUGGAAAGAAAGAUCUUAACAUGAACACGAGCAAUUGGUUAUUCAUUUUAGACAUCGAAGACGGUAUGCAUGACAUCGACGGCUUUGGGAGACGACCCUACGUACUUAUUAUUAUAAUUAAAAAUUAUCUCAUACACAGUUGUACUUUUACAUAAGAAUAAUAUUAUUACAUUGUCUCUUUCAUUGUGUUUGUUCUUUUCUUUUCUUUUUUCUUGAUUGCACUAUAAUAGAGUUAUCUCCCUCAGAAAACAAGAUUGAUAAUGAAUUCUUACAAACCUACUGACUCUUUUUUUUUUUGGAUUAAUAUCAGCAUCUGGGCAACUGCCCACCUACCCCUCCCCUAACUCAACAACAGGUUAGGGGAGGGGUAGGUGGACAGUUGCCCAGAUACUGAUAUUGAUCCUUUUUUUUUACUUUUUUUCUCCUCAUGUUUCAAGAAUCCCUUGUCUUGGCUGAGAUCGGGAGACAAAGAAGCUUGCGUCCUCCUGUCAAUCUCAAAACCAUCCAACGAUGAAGAACAUCAAACAAUAGAUUCGGGAGCAAGAGAUAACACAAAUAAAUUAAUGGCCUGACAUUGUUUACGAUGAAAAAGUUGUUUAGAAUAACCUCGUUUAAGGAAGCCCUCUUCGAUAUUGAAAGGAGCACACGAACAUCUUUCAUUUUGUUGAUCACACAUUUCAUUGUGACUCGAUUGUGCGAAAAUAUUUAAUAAAAAAUAUUUUUACUUCAAACUGAUAUAAUUUAAGAAAAUAAGAAUCUACAGUAACUGACUGUAGAAAGUCCUUGUUCGCCUUGUUAUAAAGGUGAAUUAGCUUUUUUGCCAAAAUUAUAGUUGCCAAGUUGAAUAUGAAAAAAAAUUCGUUAGCACUCUUUAGUCGAUCAGCUUCCAGUAUUUCCUUUAAAUUAUGGGAGUGUUUGAGGAUUCACGAUACAUGAAGAUAGAACUCUUGUAUACUUAGAUGGUGAUUUUUAUUUCUUAUCUUUCUUGGUUAUCAAUUACAUUUUGAUUCCAUUACGCGUUUCUCAAACUUGCUUUAUUAUAAUUAUUAUCUUCACACUUGAACAAAGUUCAUAGAGGUAUGUGUGAACGCAAAUUCAAAUUUUUUCGUACUCUUAAAAUGAAAAAAAAAUGUUGUUCGUGUUCUCUCCUGAUUUCGAUUACAUAAUAUUACAAUACGUCAGUAACCAUCAUAAAUCUGGUUUUAAAACAACUUGAUUCGCUCCUAUGAUUGAAGGGGCGACUUUAAUUUGAAGAUUUCAUCACUAACUGAUUUUCGCGUACAUGGAAUUUAUUUUGCACUCGUAAUAGAAGAAGAAGUGGUCAACUUAAAAAUUAAAUUAAUAUAACAAAGAAGGUUAUUGCACAUGUCAAUUUCGGUUGAAGCGACGGGCAAAUAUUAUACUUACAAUUUGUGUUCUAUAUGCGACUAGUAAGCUUCGAUAUGCGAUCGGUGGUGACUCUUUGGAAAUUUAAGUUGCGUAACGAACUUUUAGGUUUUUAAAUAACUAGUCACCUGAUCUGUUUUUGGCACGUAGCGCUAAGAUAAUUAAAUAUUCACAAGAAAAAAAAAAUGACAAACGGCUUGAAAAAUGUAAAUCACAACUUCUUAUUGAAGUUUACAUCAUUGGCAGAAAAAACAUCGCGAGGGACUCGGAGAUGGAAAAAAGUUACAAGUUUGAUGCGAUCUUAGCUAAUUUUUACAUGUAGAGGUGAGCUGCCGCUCUACAAACAAUAUUAGCUUGUACAAUGAAGAUUUGAUGUCUUUUACACCACUUACUUUUUUUUCGGUUUUUGAUUUGUUUCCUAUUUAAGAUUUCCUUUUUCUGAAGUUAACCAAUUUAAAAAAAAAAUAGGAUAAUUUUGUGUGUGUCCAGAGCUCUUCGAUUUAUCAUAAAUCGGUGCUGAGGCGCUGCCGACCGAGAAGAUUGAUGGGCUCUGGGAAUGAGAAUGCUCUAAAAUAUUAAUGAAUUUUAAAACUUUGAUUUACUUUGUGUGAAGGGUGAAAGAUGAAAAUCCUGUGUUUUCUUGAAUAAGCGCUCUCGCGCGAAUAGGAGCCCUCCCCCGAAAAAGCCCCACUUCCUAGGCCAAAAUGUUAAUUAAGUGUCCCCCCCACGUAAGCGCCCCUCCCCACCUCACUUUCUCAAAUUACUAGAAAUACAAGGAAAACCUGUUUUUGUUUCCAAUUUAUUUACAACGUUUUAAUUCUCAACUACAGCGGAAUCAAAUACAGAAACAUAGUUUCUUUUUGUUAACUUACUUCCAUUUAUUUCUAUCUCCAUGUGCUUUAAGAGAUCCUUUAUAUGCAUUAUCUGUUAAUUUAAUUUUAGCCCUAUUACCGCGCUCUCGGUAAAUGCCGUAAGCUUCCCAGGCACAAUUCUUCGAGGACCGUUAGUUUGUACGAUUAUGAAGUUAUUGGGAUUUUUUUAAAGA